UAAUUACUGCAAUUAUAUGAAAUAUAUACGUGAGGUUGAAAAUAUAAAAGCGGGAAUUUUUUCAUCCUGCGGCAUAGUGGCUGAAGAACAGCGAGUUGAAAUGUCGGAAAAAAAUCAACAAGAUUAUUUUAAAAUCCCUGAUAAAUGUUACAACUGGAGUGGUGUUCGAGUGUCGAGUAACGCACUUACUAAAUUUGUUUCACUCUACAUACUUUACCCUCUGAUGCUGAUUUUGUACUUCAUGAUAAUUUACAACAUUCGCUUCAAGAAAAACAUUUCUGACAUUACGGAAGUGUUUAUUUCAAUCAGCACUUUUACAAUUAUAACUUUUCGCAAAACUCUCUUAAUCAGAAAUGGUUCCAUAUACGAAGAUAUUUUGAAGAAACAGUCUCAUUACUGGAAAUAUUACAUGUUUGGAAAACCCACAGAGAUGAAACUCCGAAAAAGUAUGGAGUUUUGCGUCAUGGUCAUCAAAUUUCUUAUUGCGAGCACAACAGGAUCUAUAAUAUUUCACAGCAUUAUUUCACCGAUAAUUGAAGGAAAAAUUGUUUUACCCCAGCCUUGUUGGGUGCCCAACAAUGAUCCAGUUGCUAACGACAUUAUUUUUGCUUUGGAAAACAUUUUUUAUAUGGAAGGUACGAAUUAUUUGGUUGUAUUUGAUGGCCUGUAUUUACUGAUGACUGCAAAUCUUAAAACCCAAAUGAUACUUUUACGAAAAGCAGUUGCAUCUAUUAAUUUUAGAGAAGACGAAAAGACAACUUGGGCAAAACUGAAAGAAUAUUGUGAAUACCACAAAUUUCUCUUGAGAAUACAUGGAAAAAUUAACAAAAUUUAUUCUGCGUUUUUUCUAAUGACUUAUGUCUUCACCAUUAUGGGAACAUGCACACCUUUGUUCGUUAUUUUUUACGAAGAAGCUGAUAUGGUAUUACUGGGUAAAAGCGUAUUUAUUGCACUUAUCCUAAACACUUUGCUUGUAAUGACCUUUAUUCCUGCUGGUGAAUUGGAAAUCGAAGCCGAAAAAUUAUCUUUUGAAAUUUAUAGCAUCAACUGGUACGAAACGAAAAACUUAAAAAUUCGUAAGUUUGUGCUAUUUUGGAUAAUGCAAACGCAAAUUCCCGUUCAAAUGUCAGGAGGUGGCAUGCUGAUAGUUAAUCGACCUCUGGUGCUUCAGGUUCAACGCAUUGCUUAUUCUUUAACUUCGUUUUUGGCAGGACUGUCAUAAUUUUCUGCUUGUUUUCUACUACACUGCUUAAAAUUAAUCAGCACCAUAGCAAAAUGUAUUCAUGUUUUACUGUAAAACGUAGAUAAAGUUUUGU